GGACCGUUCCGAUUAUUUCCGCCUAUUGCGCAAUCCCUAGUGAUUGUUGCUAUGCCUCACAAGCCAGCAUCCAAAAUGGCGGCCGUAUCAACAACAACCGACUCGCUAGAAGAUGUGCCCGAUAAUAUAUCUAUUAGUUUUCUACCUAAUCACAGAAGUCUUAUGGAAAGGAUUAUAAAAAGAGGUUUAAAUUACUAUCUUCAAGGCUAUGUCCAUCAAAUUAAGGUUCAUAUUGACGAUAAACCCAAGGUAAAGGUUGUUGCUCGGUGUUGGAGAUCUAUGAGGAAAAACGAAAAGCCGCACACGCUACACAUUGAGAUUCUCAAAGAUAUUAUAACAGAGUCGUACUGCUCUUGUAAGGUUGGAUUAACAGGCCACUGUUCCCACAUUAUUGGUCUAGUGAAAACUCUUCAAGGACUGAAACUACACAACAUCAGUAAUGUACCUGACCAGUUGAGCUGUACAAGUGUACCCCAGCAAUGGCAUGUUCCAAGAGGAGAGAAGAUUGAGCCUGUCCCACUUAACCAUGUUGUGGUGGCCAAAGCUUGUGAGACAAGGAAGAGAAAACCAGUUUUAUGCCAAGUUGACACUCAGUACAAGCUUCCAGAGGUUACCAGCAAUGAUAUAGAGCAGUUAAAAGGGGCCAAAGGCACACCUCUUGAAUACCUUCUCUCAUCAAAGAGGCCAUUAGUUACAACAGAUCUUGGUCAAGUUCAGCUUGGUUCAUUUCUGUCAUAUCAGACAAGAAAUUUGAAGUCAAUGGUUCCUGUAACAACAAAUGGCUGUGGUAACCUCUGUGUCACAAACUCAUCACAAAUUAGACUGCCUGAAAAGUUUCAGCACUUAAUAAGUCAUUAUACAGUUACAGACCCACAGACAUUAGAGCAAUGUACAAGAAACCAGGCAAUGUCUGAAACAUGGCAUCAAGCUAGACAAAAUAGGCUAACAGCAUCAAACUUUGGUGAUAUCAUGUUAAGGAAAUCUCCCCCUAAUGAAAAAUUACUGUCACGUUUAUUUUCUACCAGUAAAGAUAUUCAUGCCCCAUCUAUAUCUUACGGGAAAAGAAAUGAGAGCAAAGCCAAGUCUAAAUAUCUAGCUCAGUUUCCUGGAAGACACAUUCAUGAAUGUGGUUUUGUUGUAAAUAAUGAGUUUCCAUUUUUGGGUGCAACCCCAGAUGGAAAACUCUGUGAUAAUGGAAAAGUAGGGAUUAUAGAAAUAAAAUGUCCCUAUAGUGCCAGAGACUUGACUGUUGCUGAUGCUUGCUGCCAAUUAAAUAAUUUCUUUUUACACACUGAUCAGAAUGGCCAGGUUGUACUGAAAUCAAAUCAUGCAUACUAUGCCCAGGUUCAAGGGCAGCUCAUGAUUACAGGUAGUUCAUUCUGUGAUUUCAUUGUAUAUUGUCCAAAUGAGUCUGACUUAUUUGUUCAGCGUGUUGAACCAGAUGUUGAAUUUAUGACAAAUAUGCUAAAUGUAUUAGCCAGUUUUUUUGAACAGUAUGCUCAUCCUUUCUUACAUUGCAGUCAUGGAAAUGUAUAGUUUCAAACUAUAUUUAAUGUGUGAAUGACAUAUUACAGCUUAUAUGGCCAUGCAUAAAUAACUGUUUGCAAUAUAACCUUUACAUAGAAGUUUGGGUUAUAUAAGUUUACACUAAAUUAUACUUGGCCAUAUAAAUAUGAUAUACAUGUGCAAGUUACAUAUUGACAUUUGAUUAAUGUGUCAUGACCAAUAAUACCUUUGUCUGUUUGGCAGCCAACUUCACAUUGUCCACUUAGUUCAUAAUUUCUUUGAUUUCCAUCAUCUGUAGUUGUUUGUACAUUUCUGAAAUAAUUAAAGAAGAUGCAUUAGUAUCAGUAAUUAUGACUGUUUCAUAAUUUACAAAAUUUAUAUUUGAGCAUGGAGUGAAGUUCAUUUCUAUUAGAAACAAUUAUCAAUUUGUUUAUUAUAACAUACCCUUAUUUGUUACAAACACACAUGUAAUAUUUAGUACUGUGUUAAUUAGCAUACUAUUGAGUAAAAAGGCUUCUGUGUAGGCUAAGACAAACAUGCAUGGACUCUCUUUCAAAAUUUUCAUGUCAAUGUGACAAAAUUCUACUGAAGUUACAGUUGUGUACAGUCAGUUUAACAAGUUUUUUAUUUAUCUAUUAAAUAUACUGAUGUAAUAAAUUUGUUGAAUUUUAUUUCACUUUUUGAUUUUACAGAUAUGUAAACAAAUUCAGAUGAUUUAAAUAAAAAGUGCCAUUGUUCAAAGGCUUAUCAUUAAUGAAUAAAUACAAAAUUUGAAAUUUUAACCUUACUCUUUGUUUUUUUCUUGUUCAACCAAAAUGUCAAAUGAUAUAGGUGCUUCCAAGUCCAACCGCCUGCGCUUGGGUGGUGGUCUGGUAGGAGAUGCCAAUGAUCCAU